AUGUCAUCAAAACCAGAACACGAGACUCAAAAGCCAAUACUUUUCGCUCCCGAAACUUAUCAAUAUACUAAAGGGCAUUUAAAUGUGGAAGAUGUUGAUUUAGACCCUUUACUUCAAUUUAACAGAUGGUUCAAACAAGCCCAAGAAACUUUACCAAAAGGAUCAGAUUUGAUACCUGAAUCAACUAACUUUUCAACUGCAAGAUUACCCUCUGGUAGAGUAUCUUCAAGAAUUGUUUUAUUAAAGGAAUUAGACAAAUAUGGAUUUGUAGUUUAUUCAAACUGGGGUACUUCUAAAAAAGCAGCUGAUUUCGAAAGUAAUAAAUAUGCCUCGUUAACUUUCUUCUGGCCUUAUAUUCAAAGACAAGUUAGAGUUGAAGGUUUAAUGGAGCCAGUGACUAGAGAAACAUCAAUUAGAUAUUUCAAUACUAGACCAAGAGGAUCUAAAAUUGGAGCUUGGGCUUCAGCACAAUCAUCAGUUAUACAAUCAAGAGAUGAUUUAGAUCAAAUAAAUACCGAAUAUACUAAUAAAUUCAAACCCUUGAAAGAUGAAGAAAUUCCAUGUCCUGAACAUUGGGGUGGAAUUAGAAUUGUACCAUUAGAAAUUGAAUUUUGGCAAGGUGGUAAUAGUAGAUUACAUGAUAGAAUUACUUAUAAGAGAGAAUCUACUGAUGAUAAAUUAUGGGACAUUACUAGAUUAGCUCCAUGA